AGGCGUGGGACGCAGACUUUGCGUUCCACAGGUGAAAGGAGGCCGUACUGUGCGGCGCGCUCCCGUAGUGCUUGCUCUGUCUGGAAAGGCUUGUGGUCGCGCAGUUGAGUGGUCGCCGUGCGCUGGUUACUAUGGCGGAGCUGCCGGCCUUCUUCGUCGUCGCUAUGAACGUCCUUCUGCUCGGCGGCCCCGGUCUGACGAACGCACUUAGAUGUCUGUGCUCUAGCUGCAUCAAAUCGAACUACACAUGUGAGACAGACGGAGCCUGUAUGGUCUCAAUUGCCAACAUUGAUGGAAUGAGACAUCAAAUGCGUGCAUGCAUUUCUAAGAGUGAACUUGUACCUGCAGGAAAGCCAUUCUACUGUCUAAGUUCAGAGGACAUCCGCAACACUGAAUGCUGCUACACAGACGACUGCAACAGCAAGGACCUCCUGGUGCCCACUGGCUAUACGAAACCUCCUCCAUCAGGCUGGGGCCCGGUGGAACUUGUGGCUGUCAUAGCUGGCCCAAUGUUUCUCCUGGGUGUUAUCCUUAUUGUAGUGGUCCUGUUCCACUGUCACCAGCGAGUAUAUCACAAUCGGCAGAGGCUGGACUUGGAGGAUCCAUCAUGUGAAAUGUAUCUGGCUAAAGAUAAAACUCUUCCAGAUUUGAUCUAUGACCUCUCCACAUCAGGUUCUGGCUCAGGGCUACCACUCUUUGUUCAGCGUACUGUAGCAAGGACAAUUGUCUUACAGGAAAUAAUUGGAAAGGGUCGCUUUGGUGAAGUAUGGCGUGGCAAGUGGAGAGGAGGAGAUGUGGCUGUAAAAAUAUUCUCAUCAAGGGAGGAGAGGUCUUGGUUCCGAGAAGCAGAGAUUUACCAGACUGUGAUGUUGCGGCAUGAGAAUAUUUUGGGAUUUAUUGCCGCAGAUAACAAAGACAAUGGAACAUGGACCCAGCUGUGGCUUGUCUCGGAUUACCAUGAACACGGCUCACUAUUUGACUAUUUGAACCGAUACACAGUUACCAUUGAGGGGAUGAUAAAGCUUGCCCUCUCGGCAGCAAGCGGCCUUGCUCACCUACAUAUGGAAAUUGUUGGAACUCAGGGAAAGCCUGGAAUUGCUCACAGGGAUCUCAAGUCCAAAAAUAUCCUGGUAAAGAAGAAUGGAGUGUGUGCAAUUGCUGACUUGGGUCUUGCUGUGCGCCAUGACUCUCUGACUGAUACCAUAGACAUUGCUCCCAAUCAGAGAGUGGGGACCAAACGAUAUAUGGCUCCUGAAGUGCUGGAUGAAACUAUAAAUAUGAAACAUUUCGACUCAUUCAAGUGUGCUGACAUUUAUGCUCUGGGUUUAGUUUACUGGGAAAUCGCCCGUAGAUGCAGUACUGGAGGUUUCCAUGAAGAAUAUCAGCUUCCAUACUAUGAUUUGGUACCGUCGGAUCCUUCUAUUGAAGAAAUGCGCAAAGUAGUAUGUGACCAAAAAUUACGGCCUAACAUACCAAAUUGGUGGCAAAGUUAUGAGGCUCUUCGGGUUAUGGGGAAGAUGAUGAGAGAGUGUUGGUACGCUAAUGGAGCAGCUCGCUUGACAGCUCUGCGCAUUAAGAAAACACUGUCACAGCUCAGUAUACAAGAAGAUGUGAAGAUCUGAAGCCUCUCACAAUGCCCCCCGAGAAAAUGUGGAAAAAUUCAUACAAGCUGCCAUGAUGUAGUACAUAAGUAUGAGGCCUACCUCAACGUUUCUUCCCAGACAACUGCCAGAUGAACAAUGGGGCCUUUUGGCCAAAAUGAAAGAGAACAGCACACUUCAAUUUAAUUCUAGGUUUGGGUCUGAAACAAACAUUUUUUUUUUUUCUAUAUUUUAUUUUUUUUGUUUUUUUUAACAGCAUGAAGAUAAGGAAUCUGAUUCAGGUGACUGCCGCAUUGCCUGAUUUUUAUUUUCCUCCAACUGAAAUAAUCAUGGUGGCACCCCCCGUUUCCAUCUGUGAAGGGUAAAAUCCACUUCAUCUAACUUGGUCCACAUGGUUCAGAGUAUUACCUAGCAUACUAGACCCUGCUCUUCUUACUGGUUCAGGUCCCAGUAAGCAAGUUGAGGUUUCACUUGGAUUUACCCCUUUUACAAACAAGGAGACUCCCCUUGCAAUGUACUGUGUUCUUACAAUUCAGGCUUUGUACAGAAUGACAUUGGAGCUUGGAAGCAAACACUACACUAUCCACGUAGACCCGCGUCUGUGCAUGUGCAAGGGUGUGUGUAGCUAUUUUUGACCUGUGUUUUUGUAGGUGUACAUGUGAGCUUGUCUGCAUGCGCAAGUAUAAGAAAACUAAAAAAAAAUUGACUUUUUGAGGCGUCUGUACGUAGAUCACCGGACACUUCAUGUAAAGGUUGCAUACAGGGCCACUUGUCACAUUUAUUUUUCAAUUAGUUUUUUUUCCUUUUUUUUUUUUUUUUGCACAGCAACAAAGUCCAAACUCUGAGCUUGUCUGAACAUUACACUAACCAUUCACUUACCAGAGGAGAGGAAAAUGAUGGUGAAAACCUAUUGGCAAUAGAAAUCUUUCAAUAAAAGACCCUCGGCUUGUGCUGUCCCAGCGGAUGUGAGCGAGGAGGACAACCUGCAAAAAUCCAUCAUCAUUUGUAAAUUAAUCUCAGGUGUCAAGCAUUUGCCAACAGCAGGGAUUUUAAAUGUUUGUGCUCAUCAAAUAGACCGGCAUGGAGCAAGGUGGAGAUUCUUUUCCAGUCUGUCUUUGGGAAGGAACUGAAAAGAACCAGAGCUUUUUGUCUUUUUUGGUCUUUUUGAUCAGCGAAAAAAUAAGGGCCUGUUCUUGUUCACCCAAGCCAGGCUCCAGCUGCGGCAGGUUGGAAGCAGGGUUACUGUGUGAGCGACACAUCGCAUUUUAAAACAGGAUCUUAAUGGAAUGGGAGAUAUAUAUAUAUUUUUUUUGUUUAGCAUCUACAGUACAAUAACUCUAAAGCCAUAACUUUUAACUGGAGUGUCUUCUUUUUUUCUUUGUUUUUCUUUUUGCUCUUUUAAUUAUAUUAAGAUGUUUGGGGGGAGGGUUGAUGGGCAGAGGAGGGAUUUUAACAUUUUUUUUAUUAAGUAUUUUAAUUCUUUGUAAAAAAGAGAAACAAAAAAAAAUAUCAGAAUCUAUAUAUAUAUAUAAAUAUAUACACAUGCAUAUGUCUAAAUAUUACCUCUCAGUCUAUUGUUUGUACAGAGAUCACAAAAAAAACCAAAUGCGCCAAGCUAUAUUUACACUGGAACUAUUUGUAUUUGUACAUGGAAUUUUCUCCUAGACGCUGGAUUGGUCCUCACAGAUACAUGUCACAUUUUUUAUGAUGCCAUGUCGUCAUUGUCUGUUUCUUCAGGUGUACACCAUUUCUCUGUGUGUAUCCUUCAGGGGUUUUAGUGAUGUGUCCAAAGUUCUAUAAAAAUAUAUAUAUAUAUUUUUUAUUACUUUUUUUUUCUUUUGGCUUUCUGUGCAGAUCUGUUAAACUUCUAGUUAUCUUGUCCGAGGUGCUUUUAAAGCCUUACAGCUCACUAACAUACUAAUGUGAAGCUGGCUUGUGCAUUAACGAGGCAUGCGUUUACCUUUUAGUGUUUUGGAGGUGCAGUGCGUGGUCAGUGUCGGUCGGGCUGUUGUAUUUAUCUGAAGCAUACGUCAUUCUUUGUUGUGCAAUUUCUAGAGAAUGCAUUUACACAUAUAUGCAACAUAUCAUCUUCCUCAAUUCAAUUAGGUGAUAUUGAGUGACGCUUUUCAUAAGGGUAAGAUUGGCUGGCAUCACACAUUGAGGUCUGCUGCCGAAUCCAUUUUGAUAAAAAGGCACACAUUUUUAUUUAUUUUUUCCUGGCAUAGAAGCAGUAAGCAUUGCCGGUCUGCAAAUUCAUUGCAGUUUAUUAGCUCUUUGCAGUAUGCACCGAUGUGCUGUAACCAUGGAGACCAGGCAGUUUCUAAUUUCCAGAGGAAUGUGAGCGAACACAUGAUUGGUUGCUGUAUGUUACAGUAUAAGUUGAUUAAAAAAAUAUUGGUUUGGAUUUAAUAUUUUGUGCUUCUUUUGUGUGAAACAGGUAGGAGAUUAAUGCAAAGCUAUAUAAUGUGCCACUGGAGGCAUUUGUGAAGGACUGACCAUAGGAAAAUGCUGGUGAUGCUUAGAACAGCUUCUUGGGUACCAAUUGCCAUUUUCAUGGUGGUGUUCCUAUUAAAGGAGAAGUAUGGGAAUCAGGGUUAUUGCUGUUUUAUGCUUUGGUGGAUGAAGCAUCGGACGACCUCUGCACUGGGAAUCGAACAUCGCCGAUGGCUCGUAGCUCUUGGCUUCCCGAGCUGUCUGUCAAUCAGCAGCUCCACUGCUCUGCUCCUUCACGUUCACUGGAGCACUGAGCUAUGGAAGGGCAGGGAACGGUUGUCUCAGAGGCUCACCGAGAGACUCCUAUCAGUGCCAGGCACCCGGCGGAUCCAGACUUCAGUCGUGAUGAUGCGGUGCCUGGACUGAUCUGUGUAACAUCAGAGUGGCCCAUAGAAGCCCAGCCAAACAAGCUCAGGCUGGACUUCUCCUUUAAAACAGAUCUCUGGCUUCCAUGGUCAACACUAGUUUUCAUGUGCACAUGGUUUUAUACAUGACUAUGUGUACUCUGAUUGUGUGGUGCAGGAUCAUCAUGCUUUUGUGAUGAAAGCAAACCAAAGUAGAUCCUAUUGAAACAAUAAUAUACAUUAAUAUAAAAUAAUGCAUUAAAUGACUAGAGAAUUGUGCCAGGUGCAUGGUCCUGGCUCCAGCUUGGCAUUAAAGUGUACAUGUCAGUACUUGCCACCAACCAUGAUGUGCGAUAUAGACCGAAAUAAGUGAAUGAAUGUUCUUUACUGACUGGUUUCUUUCUUUGGGAAAUUCAUCAUGAAGCAAAAGGCUUGGUUAUAACUCAGUCUGCUUUGUUUGCCUUAUGUUAGGCCAACUCUGUGCCAACCCUCCUAUCUAAAAUAUAGCUCUAGCCCCUAUCGAAAUAUAUUUUUUCUUAGGCAAUGGGAAAAUUUCAUCCCAUUCUUGGGAUAAUUUUCUUGCCUUUUUGAAGCCCCCUUGAUUCUACUGUUUUUGUGAUUAGGUUUUAGUGACCCUUUUAAAGGCCACUUGGGAGGUAAGGCUGUAAUUGUCAAAUUUCUUCCAUUGCUUGGUUCCCCUUCAUUCAGUGCCUAUAGGGGGCCUAGAUUGUCCUGUGCAAUAGAACCAUCCUUUCUUAUUUCUGGCAUUUUUUCUCUUUAAACACGUCACUUUUAAGUAGCAGAAUUUAGAAGGCACUUCUUCUCCUGGGCAAUAUUCCAGGUAUUUAUAUUUCUUUUUAAUUUUUGUCCAAUGAAUAUGUGCCUUGUUCACCUACUUUAGUCAUCUCAGUUGUAUGGUCACAAAAUGCAUUAUUUUUUAACCACUACAUGAAUUAUUUGGAGGUAAUAUCUCUUUUUUUUUUUGUAAUCAUCUCAGCCUGCUGUGGACUUUUUAUAUAUUUUUUGGGAUUUGCUAAAGCGUCUUUUGUUGGAAUAUCGGCCUUUUUGUUUAACUUUUUUUUAUGUAUAUAGGGUGACUAUUUUACAGCUUUCGGCUGAUUGGUAGUUUUUAGGCCAUAAGCACAUACUUUAGUGAUGGUAGAAUCACAUAUUUUUUUUUUUUUUUUAAGUUGAACUGUAGCAUGAAUUCUAAUCAUUUCUCAGGAUGUCCGAAAAAUGUUUUACAGUAAU